AUGAGUAGCAUUUUAGUCUUUGUUCCCUGGGUUGUUCCAUUUGGAUGUUCCAUAACUGGUGUUCCUUCCCCUCCUCUAAAUAUCUUCAGCCUGACCACAUACACGCGACAAAGUUCCUUAACUCUUACAUACAACUCACGAGAGACAGGAAGGAAAGCCAAAUGUGUGGUGGCCAUGCAGGGUAAGGUGACCACCCUCACCCACCCUGAGAAUCCUUCAGACGUCAAAAGCUUCACCUACGACUACUCCUACUGGAGCUUCGACGGAGCUAAGGAGGAUGCCAAAGGCUAUUUAGCUAAGGACUCACCCAAAUCCAGAUUCAGUGACCAGCAAACAGUAUAUGACGACCUGGGCAAGGGCGUGCUGAGGAACGCCUGGAACGGCUACAAUGCUACGCUUUUCGCCUAUGGACAGACAGGCUCCGGGAAGUCUUGGUCGGUUAUUGCCGAGAACCUCAAGCUAGCACUGGUGACCAACUUCAAGGAGAUCGAACAAAGGAUGGAGGAAGGUACGGUAAACAGAACCAUCGCCUCCACCAAUAUGAACGCCACUUCGUCCCGAGCACACACCAUCGUCGGUAUCACCUUCAUCCAGAAGUUCAAGAACGACGCUGGUCAGGAGACAGCCAAGCAGUCAGUGAUCAACCUGGUCGAUCUGGCUGGCAGUGAACGUGUGGAGAGCACAGGAGCCACGGGGUCCAGACUGAAGGAAGGUGCUGGUAUCAACCUGUCACUCUCCAGCCUUGGUAACUGCAUCCACGCUCUGGCCGAGAAGUCCAAUGGUAGACAGGCCAAGGUACCCUACCGAGAUUCCAUGUUGACGAGGCUGUUGAUGAACGCUCUGGGAGGCAACAGCAAGACCAUCAUGAUAGCAGCUAUCUCUCCUGCAGACAUCAACUACGAUGAGACACUCUCCACACUGAGGUUCGGUGAGUAUUCCAGACUAGUUUUACUCUCCCUUCAUCCCCUUCCCCUCCUAGCUCAGUGUCUUGUCACUCUUCCAAAGACUGGAGCCUGGUUUACAUAUUCCUUCAGUACAAAUACGGUACACGUCAAGAUGAAGAACCUGGCCAAUGGGACGGAGUUCGUUUGGACCAAAGAGAAGUUCCUCAGUCGUCUCUACAUGAUGAAGGAGAUGUACCAGAAGUAUGAAGAUGAGGACGAGUGGGAGAAGCCCGAGGAGGAGGAUCCCUUCCAGGAGUCACUGGACACUGAGAUUCACAUCGGCACGGUGCAGGUCAACCUCCAGCCCCUGGCCUACAGCGUCGAGCUGAAGGAACAACUUGAGAUUACUAACUACAAGGGCGCUGAUGUUGGCAUGAUGAACCUUGAGUUACACCCGUGUGACGCCAAGGGGAAAGAGUAUACUGAAGCUGAUGACAAGUUUGUGGACUCCCCGAGUGACCUGGUGGGCACAGCCUUCAACUUUAAGCUCAAGAUCACAAGCUGUAAAGGUUUACCCAAUAAGUACUCGGACAUGUACUGCUGCUACAAGUUUUACCUCGAUAAGGAAGAGACGAAGACCAAGUUGAUCUCAGAGACUUCCAACCCUGAGUUCGCCCACUCUAAGAUAUACACCUUCUCUCCUGCCACUCAGCAGCUGGUAGACUACCUACAGAACGGCAUCCUGACCAUCAAGGUGAUGGGUAAGCAGAAGGUGCGACGCUCAGCAGCACAGAGGAACCAAGGCCUCACUACCAAAGACAUGCUCAAGACUGAUCGUCAUGUCUUCUCCAGAACGCGAGUAGUGGAUCCACAGAAACAAUCUAUCAUAGUUGAGUUACUGUUAAUGAAGAAAACACAAGCUAGACUACAGCAGAAAGUUGAUUCUAUACGUAAGUUAGUGAAGGAAGCAGAGAACAUCUCCCGUGUUCGUGUCUCCACCAGUCUGCUGAAGGAGGUACUGAACGCCAACACUCCUGAGCAAGCUGACCUCAGCAUCAGGAAGCUAGCAGCUGAUUCUGACAGAGACGGGAUCAAGUCGGGAAGUGGGGGUUCCGGAAGCUCUGUGUGUGUGCUGCUGUAGCUGCUCCCCGUCUGUGGAACUAUCAUGUGAAACCUCUCAUGUGAAACCUCUCAUGUGAAGCUUCUCAUGUGUAACCUCUCAUGCGAAACCUCUCAUAUGAAACCCCUCAUGUGAAAUCUCUUAUGUGAAGCCUCUCAUGCGAAACCUCCUAUUCGAAACCACUCAUGUGAAACCUCUCAUGUGAAAACUGUCUUAUAAAAUCUCUGCUGUGACACAUUCUUGUGAAGCCUCUCAACACGCAACCUAUGAAACCUUUCCAAUAAAACCUCAAGGAGCGGAACACGUGGUGUAGGGCAUCACGGAAACCCAUCCCCCCAGGGAAUCCUUCUCUUCCUCAGUUCUCCGGACAAGACUGGCAAAGAAAGAAUCCUUGACAAUAAUAAUCCCUGAUCUGCUCUAAGUGGAAACCUCAUGAGAGGGAGAGAAGGAAGCCUUCUAUAACCUCUUCAUGGGAAGGGAAAUUGAGUGAACUAAAAAUAGGAAAGAAGGGAAUCCUCCAGGCAAGAAAUGAAACCUCCUCCGCUUGUGUAUGCAAGUCUGCAGUGGACGGAAGCCUUCAAAUAAUGAUUCUAGCAUCCCUGUAUGUCCGGAAACCUCCGUCUUGAAGCCUCAGCAUAGUGCUUUGAACUGAACAAAUUUGCAUAAGAUUUAGAAAGAUUAUAUUUACAAAAAGUUUGACUAGUGUAUACACAUGUAUACACAUGUAUACACAUGUAUACACACGGAGCGUGUAUGUAUACAUACAGGAAACAUUCAUGUAUACAUACAGAUGGAAAAUAAGGUAAUCAUCCAAAUGAUUAGUGUGUGUGUGUGUGUGUGUGUGUGUGUGUGUGUGUGUGUGUGUGUGUGUGUGUGUGUGUGUGUGUGUGUGUGUGUGUGUGUGUGUGUGUGUACUCACCUAUUUGUACUCACCUAUUUGUGGUUGCAGGGGUCGAGUCACAGCUCCUGUGUGUGUGUGUGUGUGUGUGUGUGUGUGUGUGUGUGUGUGUGUGUGUGUGUGUGUGUGUGUGUGUAUGACUCCCCACCACAUACAACUGUCAUACACUAUACAGUUAACACCUGUCUUAACACAUGUCUGUAGUGAAUCACUCCUACACCUAAUCGUCCACCGUACCUUCAGAACGGUGUAUGAUACAGUCACGAGGGGAAUGUAUGAUGCAGUAGUGAGGGGAGUGCAUGAUACAGUAAUGAGGGAAGUGCAUGAUACAGUAGUGAGGGGAGUGCAUGAUACAGUAAUGAGGGGAGUAUAUGAUACAGUAGUGAAGGGAGUGCAUGAUACAGUAAUGAGAGGAGUGCAUGAUACAGUAGUGAGAGGAGUGCAUGAUACAGAAGUGAGGGGAGUGUAUGAUACAGUAAUGAGGGGAGUGCAUGAUACAGUAGUGAGGGGAGUGUAUGAUACAGUAAUGAGAGGAGUGCAUGAUACAGUAGUGAGGGGAGUGUAUGAUACAGUAAUGAGGGAAGUGCAUGAUACAGUAGUGAGAGGAGUGCAUGAUACAGUAGUGAGGGGAGUGUAUGAUACAGUAGUGAGGGGAGUGUAUGAUACAAUAGUGAGGGGAGUUUAUGAUACAGUAAUGAGGGGAGUGCAUGAUACAGUAGUGAGGGGAGUGCAUGAUACAGUAAUGAGGGGAGUAUAUGAUACAGUAGUGAAGGGAGUGCAUGAUACAGUAGUGAGGGGAGUGCAUGAUACAGUAAUGAGGGGAGUGCAUGAUGCAGUAGUGAGGGGAGUGUAUGAUACAGUAAUGAGAGGAGUGCAUGAUACAGUAGUGAGGGUAGUGUAUGAUACAGUAAUGAGAGGAGUGCAUGAUACAGUAGUGAGGGGAGUGUAUGAUACAGUAAUGAAAGGAGUGCAUGAUACAGUAGUGAGGGGAGUGUAUGAUACAGUAGUGAGGGGAGUGUAUGAUAUACAUAAUACAACUCAUAGUAUAAGUUAAUAAGUGACCUUAAAAGAACACUGUAUAUACACAAUAUUUAUACAAGUAUAAGAGACUAAUGUAUAUUUUUUCUAUAUUAUACGUUUAUGAGAGAAUAUUUAAGGAAAGAUGACUUGUAUGAUACAGCAGAACUGUGGAACUGUUUUGUAAUAUAUAUAACGGUUCUGUGUGUGUUCUGCUUGGUGUUCUUUCUCUGUGUCGUCAUAACAUGUUAUCCAAGAAAUGCUAAAUAUAACAGAGUUUGAGUGUUAUUGUGGCAACACUGUUGAGGUGAGUCAUGACGUCACGAUCAUCAGCCAAUCAAAAUACAUUGAUUUGGGGAUGAUCCCCGUGACGUCACGCAUUAUCAACCAAUCAGGUAAUUCCUGCCACCUGUCUGGGCUCUGAACUGCUCACAAGUGCAGCUGUAAAUGAACCAAUGAAUAAUAAACGAGGGAUGAUAACUAUGAAUCACGUACAAGUAUGAUAUGUCCGAUGAUAUCAGUGUUUCUGUGAUAUUGAUUAUUGUGAUUAAGUGCCUAAGUAAAAUCCCUAAAAUCACAGAGAUGGGAACAUGUGGCAACCCUGAGUCAUCCCAUGGUGCUGGGUAAUGUAUAUAUCAAAUUUAUAUUGUAGAACACUUGAUAAUAUACACUAUACAUGUACAUUAUAGACUAAUGGGUGUGUAUCUCUCUGUAUAUACACUGAUGGGUGUGUAUCUCUCAGUGUAUAUACACUGAUGGAUGUGUAUCUCUCAGUGUAUAUGCACUGAUGGAUGUGUAUCUCUCAGUGUAUAUACACUGAUGGAUGUGUAUCUCUCAGUGUAUAUACACUGAUGGGUAUGUAUCUCUCAGUGUAUAUACACUGAUGGGUGUGUAUCUCUCAGUGUAUAUACACUGAUGGGUGUGUAUCUCUCAGUGUAUAUACACUGAUGGGUGUGUAUCUCUCUGCAUAUAUACACUGAUGGGUGUGUAUCUCUCAGUGUAUAUACACUGAUGGGUGUGUAUCUCUCAGUGUAUAUACACUGGUGGGUGUGUAUCUCUCAGUGUAUAUACACUGAUGGGUGUGUAUCUCUCAGUGUAUAUGCACUGGUGGGUGUGUAUCUCUCAGUGUAUAUGCACUGAUGGGUGUGUAUCUCUCAUUGUAUAUACACUGAUGGGUGUGUAUCUCUCAGUGUAUAUGCACUGAUGGAUGUGUAUCUCUCAGUGUAUAUACACUGAUGGAUGUGUAUCUGUCAGUGUAUAUACACUGAUGGAUGUGUAUCUCUCAGUGUAUAUACACUGAUGGGUGUGUAUCUGUCAGUGUAUAUACACUGAUGGAUGUGUAUCUCUCAGUGUAUAUACACUGAUGGGUGUGUAUCUUUCAGUGUAUAUAUACUGAUGGGUGUAUAUCUCUCAGUGUAUAUAUAUACUGAUGGGCAUUUUCUCUCAGUGUAUAUACAUUGACGGGUAUAUAUAACUCAGUGUAUAAACACUGAUGGGUGUGUAUCUCUCAGUGAAUAUACAUUGAUGGGUGUAUAUCUCUCAGUAUAUAUACACAGAUGGGUGUAUACCUCUAUCUCUCAAUGUAUAUACACUAAUCGGUGUAUACCUCUAUCUCUCAAUGUAUAUACACUAAUCGGUGUAUACCUCUAUCUCUCAGUGUAUAUACACUGAUGGGUGUGUAUCUCUCAGUGUAUAUACACUGAUGGGUGUGUAUCUCUCAGUGUAUAUACACUGAUGGGUGUAUAUCUCUAUCUCUCAGUGUAUAUACACUGAGAGAUAACUUUUACGACAUUAGGUAUUAAAGUAUUCUUGCCUGUGAGGGAUGAACAGGUGACAUGCAGCCUUAAUUACCUUCGUGUAGUAGAUAGGUUUUAAACUUUACUAACCAGCCUGUAUUACAUUAUUUAAUAAUAAUAAUAAUAAUAAUAAUAAUAAUAAUAAUAAUAAUAAUAAUAAUAAUAAUAAUAAUAAUAAUAAUCUUGUUGAUUCGAUAAUAAUGGUAAAAAUAAUAAUGAUA